CCCCCCUCCUCAUCCGCAGCUUCCGCCGCUGCUGUUGAGGCGAAGAUGGCGGCGCCGCUGCCGCUCGGGGCCCUGAGGGAGGAGGAGAAGCCGCAGCUGCUGCCGCUGCUGUGGUGGUCGCUGUGACUGCUGCCCGUGACUGCCGCCCGUGACUGCCGCUGUGGUGGUCGCUGUGACUGCUGCCCGUGACUGCCGUGACCGCGGCAGCAGCGACCACGACGACUCCCAUCGCCGUGUCGCCCCCAUCCGUCAGUUAAGGAGUCGCUUACCCGGGGAGUUGUUCAACCACCACCACCACCGACAACGACCAACAACAACAACCACCAAGAACAACAACCACCAAGAACAACAACCACCACCACCACCGUAGCCGUUAGCGAGCGGCUGAGCGCGCCCGCUCGGGAACCUGAGCCCGAGCGGGGGUGGGGGUGACCCGCCUGGACCCGGUUCAGCCCGGGUAGCGAUACUAGGCAAGGCCGUAGGCUUCACGCUAGGCCGCGGCAGUUUUAAUUGUUUUUGAUCGCCCAGUGUUUUUGGUGACGUUGUAUAGGCGGGGUGUUUUGUGUGCUGGUUAAGUGGUGGGUUGGUUGUGUUACUCAACUAUCCGUGGGAGCGGUGAACUCGACGGUGCGGCUGGAGGCGAGAGAGAGAGGGGAGAGGCCUGCGGCUCGAGGCGGCUUAAGAUGUCUUCGUCAGCUGUCCCUGCCGAUAAGAUCAAUCUCCGCCUCAUCCUCGUGAGUGGCAAGACGAAGGAGUUCCACUGCAGCCCCACGGACUCUGCCUCCGACAUCGCCUCCCAUGUCUACCAGCACUGGCCCAUGGACUGGGAGGAGGAGCACGUCAGUAGCCCGGGGAUCCUGCGCCUCAUUUAUCAGGGGCGCUUCCUGCAUGGCAACGUGACGCUGGGAGCUCUGAAGCUGCCGCUGGGCAAGACGACCGUCAUGCACCUGGUGGCACGGGAGAACCUUCCAGAGCCCAACUCACAGGGUCAGAGGAACCGCGGGAAAACUGAGGAGAGCAACUGCUGCGUGAUCCUGUGAAGGUGGAGCCCGCACAGGGCCCUGCAGCCGCCUGGCUCCCUCCGUCGUCUGUCUCCCUCCGUUUGUGAUGCCUCUGUCCGUCUCCCUCCUGGCUGUCUCCCUCCUGGCUGUCUCCCUCCUGUCUGUCUCCAUGCUGUCUGUCUCCCCCACACGCCCCCGAUCCAUCUGGCAAGUGGAGAAAAGUUUAUGGUCUCAGCCCGGUCACUAGCCACUCGCGCAGAGACCCAUAGACUCGCACAGAGACCCAUAGACUCGCACAGAGACCCAUAGACUCGCACAGAGACCCAUAGACUCGCACGGAGACCCAUAGA